AUGAAGGAGGCCAGAAUACAGCAAAGCUUUGCAAUGGAAGGGGACUCAAGCUUCUCUACUGGAAGUGAUGAAUGGGUCGAGCUUUACCGUGCCAUGUCGUCUUCCAGAGGCACGAGGGCAAGGAUGGAUGAUCACUCCCCGCAACAGGGCGGACCUAAGUGGUCACGGAUCGGCCUAAAGAUCUGCGUGCAGGUGUUGCGCUGGGAUAAGACAUGCCGUCGAUGCGGCGUGAAAGUGUGCUCCAGUGUCGCCGAGCGAUUCCGCGGGAGGAGGCCCGCGCGCGAUGAGGCCGAGCUGCGAGAGGAGCAAGAUGCGCAGAUGGCUUGGAAGAUUAAUGAUGAGGAGUAUGAGUGCACGGGGGACGGUAUCGAGUGCGGAUGUUGCUUUUCGCCUGUACCUUUCGAAAGGAUGGCCCAGUGCACCGAGGGGCACCUCUUCUGCACCAACUGCAUGACCUCGUAUGCGUCACAGAUGUUAGGUUCGCUUGAUGCGAAUAUGGUCUGCAUGGACCGAUGCGGCUGCGACGCAGCAUUCCCGGACUCAGAGUUCCGCAGGUUCCUCACUCCAGAAAUGUACGUGCUCUAUGCUCGUGUUAAGCAGCAACAGGAUAUAGAAGCGGCCGGAUUGGAGAAUCUCGAGGAAUGUCCAAAUUGUGACUUCAAAGCUGUGAUCGAGGAUACUCUCCAUCGACGCGUGUUCUGGUGCUUAAAUGAGGAGUGUGCUUCUGUAACCUGUCUGGAUUGUAAGAAGCUUGACCAUAGACCGAAGACCUGCAUCGAAGCAGCACAAGCUACGCAGACCAAGUUAGAUGUGCGACAUCAUAUCGAAGAAGCAAUGUCUCAGGCGCUCAUACGGACUUGUCCCAAUUGUGGCAAAACGUUUGUGAAGCAGUCUGGGUGCAACAACAUGAAAUGCCCGAAGUGCUAUACAUAUUCCUGUUAUGUGUGUCGUCAACAGAUCGACGGUUAUGAUCACUUCGACAAGCCUAGCACAUGUCCAUUGUGGGAGGGAACAAAGGAUAGACAUACUGAUGAGGUGGCACUUGCAGCGAGGAAUGCUGUUGAGGAAUGCAAACGGAAACACCCAGGCUUGCGGGAAGAUGAUUUUCGUAUUGUUACGCAAUCGUAG